AUGAAUCCGGAAUACGACUAUCUGUUUAAGCUUCUCCUGAUAGGAGACUCAGGUGUCGGGAAGAGUUGUCUGCUUUUGCGAUUUGCCGAUGACACCUACACCCAAUCUUACAUCUCCACGAUUGGUGUCGAUUUCAAGAUCCGAACAAUCGAUUUGGAAGGCAAGACAGUGAAGCUCCAGAUCGUACUUUCUAUACUGUCGGCUAAAGCGUCAUUAUAUUGGAAUUUGACCCAUAGUAGAGAUAGAAAUAGAUCUGCAACAUCAAGAAUAUCAACAAAAUCUCAAAAAUUUUCGAACAUUGACAUAAUAAUUCCUGGAAAACCCAUUUGCUUGCUUCGUCCUCACAAAAAUCACCCACACUGACUCCUCUCUGCAUCAAAUUCAAACAAACCAAAACCCAAACAAACAGUGGGACACGGCAGGGCAGGAACGAUUCCGCACAAUUACUAGCUCAUAUUAUAGAGGAGCACACGGCAUUAUUAUCGUGUACGAUGUCACGGAUAGGGACAGCUUCGAAAACGUGAAACACUGGAUCCAGGAGAUCGAUAAAUAUGCGGCAGAUGGCGUUAAGAAGUUGCUGGUAUGGAUUUUUUACGAUUUUGAAUCGGAUUUUUUACGAUUUUGACGACGCAAGGAUGCGUCAUUGGAACAGUAGCAUGCUUAUAGCAUGUCGUAAUAGAUGUUCAAAUACAACUUACUUUGUUUUUCAUCACUUUAUUUACUUCCUACUAACACCUGCUGCUCUUACAAGAAUAUUAUCUUCGAGGAAUCCCCCUCACACUACUGAUUCUACUACAUCAGGUCGGCAACAAGUGCGAUUUGGCCAGUAAAAAAGUUGUGUCCUACGACGAAGCGAAGGAAUUAGCAGACUCUUUGGGUAUCGGCUUCAUGGAAACUAGUGCCAAGAACAGCCAUAAUGUGGAGCAAUCUUUUAGUAUGAUGGCUGCGGAGAUCAAACAAAAAAUCGCGACACAGCCCAAAUCCCUUGGUGCCGCAGGUGGAGUGCCGCUCGGACCAGGUGGCGUUACACCGGGCAACCCAGUGGGCGGCGGAUGCUGCAACUAGAAGGACCACAGGCUUCUGGCACUUGUCUAAGUUCUUGUAGUGGUGUCGAAACAUCUAGUUGUAGGCGUAGUCGUGCUGUUACAACUUCCAGUUCCAUCUCUUUAGAAGAACCAGAAGUACUAGAUCAUCAAGUUGUAAGGACGACGAACAGCAGAACUAUUACUACCACCGGUCAUCAACAAAGUAGAGCACCAAGAGAUGCGGGCACGACGAAGUCAGCUACUUAGUAUAAUUUGCUGUUCUCUCCUCGUAUCUACAACAUGUAUAUCAACUAUUGUAAUUUUUUCUGACAAAUUUAUUGACAACUACUACAGUACUUUUCCUUGAAGAUUCAGAUAAGUAUUGGUUAAUAUCAUUUCAUUUUCAUUUGACUUUUCACAAUGGCAAACAAUCAUUAGGACAAGAGAAGUAUCUAAAUUGGCAUCAUGAUGUAGUACUGUGAACAACGUUGAUGAACAGGACGGACAGAGGCCUCUCCACCCUUUGCCUUUGCUCGUGAGUAGGGAAUUGCGCCAGCUGAUUCGCACGAAAAUUAAUUAAGUCACAACACAACUACAACUAGUUUUUGUUGAUGUUUUUUGAUGCAGCAGUCAGUUCGUUGAUGUUGAAUGUCUGUGAUGAAGAGAUGAAGCUCCUCAAGACUAUGUGCUGACUAGUCGUUCUUUUUUAGCAUACCAUUCAUUGACACGCCACAUUGAAGGAGAACAGAGCACAUCUACCUCUACCAGAAGAUCCUCCUCAUCGUUCUCACCGCGUUCAACAUCAUACUAGAUGAAAGAAGUUGUUUCCUUUUUUGACCUAAUCACUGACCACCUCAUUCCAAUGGUAACAUGAUGUACCUCCUAAUAUGUUGUGUUAUCAUUGGGUUUGACCUUCACAAACCCAUGUAGUUGACCCCUUUCACGACGACCUCGUUAACUUCGACACACAAAGCAUCGCAGGAGCCACAGAGUAUGUAUGAUUAUGCAUGCUUCUGUCGGCCGAGUUUUCUGUUCAUGUUCUGCUAGAUCGGGACUACUUUGAUGAAUAAGUAAAUUAAAGUCAUUGUAGUUUUGCCUCUUUUUUCCCUCCGUUGGCUAAGACGGUCGUCUUUUGAAGUAGUGCGUGAUUUACUACUUCCCGCAACCGCAAAAAUGAUCAACUACCUUUGAUCCGCUUUCGCGACGUGAUCUGGAUCCGCUCAUAUAAUCUACAAAGAUCUCAACCUCUGAUCAAGU